ACGUGAUAUAAAUACAACGACACUAGUUGACUAAAUCAGACCGGGCAAUACGACUCACGAGGUACGAUUGUUUGUACCACUUCAUAUUUUCCCUUAACUGCUUCAAGUAACAGUAUGGAAAAACCUACAUAUUUCUACCACGCGACCUCACCAGACAAUGAACGUUUGAUAAAAGAGAGUGAUCGCCUGAAACCACAAAAACAUCAACACUCAAAAUGGAAAUGUUUGGUAAAAAACUGCCCUGAAUAUGCAUCGGUACCAGACGGGGUGUGGUUAUCUGCCACACUGGAACACGGGGCUCUGCCAUUCUUUUCUCCUUAUGGCGCUAGACGGGUGAAGAUUCCUAUCAAAAGCGUGAUACAACAGCUUGGAGGAAAGGUUAAGUUAUAUGAAGGCGUUACUGUUCGAUCAAAUCGAGAUGAAACAUACGUCAGGUUGAUGCUUGUGAGGGAAGACGCAACGUUUGAAGUAUUGCAGCACAUGAAAGAACUGGAUGUCGCCGACAAUCCGUGCUUAAAGCUGACAGGGGAAUACAGAGUUGCGCGUCCACCAACCUUGAUAGAUGUAUAUGUGCCGUACCCAAUCGAUAUCAGUAACUGGGAUAAUGUCAAUACCUGGCCGGACUCCGGCACAAGGGAAAACAACAGACUUGAAAGGAUAUCCGACACCGUUUAGUCUCGUCAAAGACACCUUAUUUUGUGUGAUUCUUACACCUACUGUACAGGAGCUAUUUCAUUUGUCGCCAGGAGAAGUGAUUUCGAGUUGAUUCAAUCGUUAACAUUUAUUCAGAGUUAACAAAGAAUACAUACUGUCAUUAUUACUGCCAAUAUCCUGCAGUACACCAUUCAGUGAUUUAAAGCAACGAAAGGACGAUGAUUGAAUAACAACAAAAAAUAACUGAAAGGAAAAUAGACUGUAAAAUAUCAGCAUAUGUAUUUAAUCGCAGUAAAACUAGAGGGAAAUUUAAUUUAAAUAUGGUUUCCCGUUAUUUUCGGUAUUUAUUUAAGUGAUAUCAUUACACUUUUAUUAUUAUUUCACAUUCAAAAUGUUGACAAAAAGCAGCAGACAGUGCGAUGUAAAAGGCACUGUCAUUGCACUUUGAAAGAAUAUAAAUGUUCAUUCCGACUAAUAUUAAUUUAUGUAAGGCUAUGCAGUUUCUUCAUGUGCAAUACAUGAAUGUGUACUUUUAAAUGAAUUAUUUUGAUUUAACGUCUUUUGAGUCCAUUUUGACAAUUUAGGCCGCAGAUGACGUUCCUAUGUCAAGGAGGCCGUUAAACACUUACAAACGAUCUCAGAAUUUCAUAUUUCCUCUAAAUAUAUUUUCAAUGCAUAAUUUCUUUUAUUUCAAAAUACACUUUGAACUGACAUUAUUCUUCAUCAAAUUUAAAUUGAUUACUCAAUACAUUAAAAGUAAUUACCGACCCGUCUUUUAUUGAUGUAAGGGUAAACAGUUAAUUACUUAUGAUAUUCAUAUGCUAAUAGAUAUAAGUUUUACGGCAUCUUCAAUCGCUUUAUUACAGCUUGUUGUGAUUAUAUUUCUAGAUGUAACUUUAUGGUAAUUUACCAAUCACUAAAACAUUGUAGUAUUAUCAAAAUGUGUUAAAAAGAGUUGUGUCUGUGUUUAAUUUUGUAUCCUUUUUUUGUAUCCACAUAAUAAACUUAUGAAUAUUCAUUACACCUUUGAUCUGAUCCAUAUCAGAUAUGAUCCGUAUCACUUAAUUUGUUGUUAUUCGAUGUAACAGUAUCCGGAGUUUAAUCUUUUCGUCACGUGAGACGAGAUUAUACUUGACCUAUUUUCGACCGACCUUUAUUCGUCGUUGUCGAUCGGUAAACAAAUCAAUAACGUUUUGCAGGGUGGUUUCAUAGUCAAAAGCAAUUCAUUCUUGUGAGUUAUUUGGAUAUCCCCCUGAAUGGCGGGGCCAAAAAGGGUCAAAUUGGCUACGAUUCCAACAAUUCUCCUCUUCGGAUCCACAUAUGAUGGAAUAAAUACUCUUCAUGGAUUGAGACUCAAGGUGCCUUGUCAAAAUUGAG